AUGUUCAAAAAAGACCCACAAAUCAAGGCCUUGAGCAAUUUGAAGAACUCUGAGCGCAAGAAAGUUCAAUCCCAGUGUCAAGAUCAAACGAAACUAUCAAGUUAUGCUUUCCCAUCGCAAGUGAUCAAACAGACUACUUUUAAAACCCAGUUCACCACUGGUACGGUGUACACGGAUGAGGCCAAAGUUCCCAUUUGGUUUAAAGAGAAAUUCAGUGACAUGUUGUAUCCCACAGUAUAUACAUGCUGGAAGUGGCCCAACUUACUCCCUAUAGUACUGGCGCAUGAGUAUGUUGUAGAGGAGAAAGUCGCAAAGGGUGCCAAUCUCAUGCUGCCAGGCACAGUGCCGCCUUUUGAUCCCAGAUGCGUCAAGACCCAGAUGGUUGGCAUCGCUAGCACACAUUCACCUACCGUUGUUAAGGCUAUUGGUAUAGUACAGUUAAACUUGCCAGAAUACUCCCGCGUGAUUGGCGAAUCUGGAGUCGCAGUCGAAAUCACACACACCUGGGACGACGGCCUUUGCAGAAUGUUUAAAGUGAAGAUCGAACCUCCAGAAGUCGGGGAAGCAUUUGAGUCACAAAACGAGGAUUCAGAGCCAGAUGGCUCCGAAACAUUGGAACAAUCCAAUGAGUCCGAUGGUCUCAUAGGCUCUGCUGCUACGAAUCCAAGCAUUACUCCACCUACACCUGCUCCUACUCCUACACCGACUCCUACUCCUGAUGUAGAUCUCCAGAACGUGGCAGAACAGUUAACACAGCUGCAGGUUGAAGACGUUGACCGCUUUUUCGCAAGAUCGCUAUACUACACGCUGACGCAGGAGCCGAAACUCGAGUUGCCCUUGAGCAGUUCUAGUUUUCUGUCGAACCACAUCCUACGUAACUUACCUCCCGUUGAUCCUGCGCACGUUAACAUGAAGAAAACCUCUUGGCGGAAAACCGCCAAAUUUCUCAAACAUUUUGAGAGAGAAGGAUUCCUUAAGCUUAAGGGAAAGGGUGAUGACUUGACUGUGAUAGGAGUGGCCUCAAAAGAGUCGAGGCCCGAGUUGGUCAAUUUUGUUCCGUACCGCGUGGGUAGCCCAAAUACUGGAAACUCUGAAUCCAAACAGUCUCAACAACAGCAGACCAUGAUGACUGCCGUGACCCUAUACAAGCCCAUUAGCAGCGCAAAAGAAUUUCUUCGUGCUGCUGAUAUGAAGGUUGAUCACUUGUUCACGCAGCAAGAGCUCAAGGCCGGCGUAGAUCGAUACAUCACCCAAAAAAACCUCGUGAGCCCUGACAACAAAGCCGCGGUUCGUCUUGAUGAUCUAUUGUUUUCAGUUGUCAAUCGUGCUACAAAGAAAGAAAACGCCGUCCGCACUAUUGCGAGAGCUUCAAUUAUGCCUCCGAUUUUGAAAGGCAACUUUUCGGAGCAUUUUGUUGUACUCAAGCCAGAUGGUUCUCCACUAUUCAAAAAUCCGUUGAAGGGUAGCAUCCCAAGAAUUGAGAUUGUUACGGAGAUGAAGAUUGGGCGUAAAGUGGUGACUAAAGUUUCUAACUUCGAAAAAUUCCAGGUAGAUGCUCAAGAAUUAGCUGAACUACUGCGAAAGAAGUGCAGCGGAUCCACGACCAUCGGAGAAACAACGACAUCGCCCAAGACACUUGAGGUAACUGUUCAGGGCCCACAUGGCCCGGCCACCAUAGACUUACUGAACGACCAAGGCAUCCCCACGAAAUGGAUUAAUUUCGUCAAUAAGUUGAAGAAGGGCAAGAAAAGAGGUUGA